AUGCUUGCUAGAACAGUAUAUAGAUCGGGCAUGAGACCAUUGGGCCUAGGCCCAAGCGUUGGGCUGCGCUUCGCGCAGCUAAGACUGCAAUCUUCCACCAGUAGUAGUUCCACGAUCAGCCAUAUCUCCAAUCUGCAGGAGUUUGAAACGGCUAUGAAACAGCAGAAUAUCUCGGUAGUGGACUUCUUCGCAACAUGGUGCGGGCCCUGUAAGAUGGUGGCCCCUCACUUGCAGAAGCUCAGCGAGAAGUACCCGGACGUGAAGUUCUACAAGGUGGAUGUGGAUGAGUCUCCGGACAUUGCCGGAGCUUUGGGAGUUUCUGCGAUGCCUACGUUUAUGCUAUUUAGAGAGGGCAAAGGGUUGGGCAAGAUUGUUGGUGCGGACCCUAGAGGCGUGGAGGAAGCUGUGAAGCACUUUCGCAAGUUGCAUGGGUCGUCGUCGUCGUCGUCAUAA